UUCUCUAUUUCUUUCUCUGUCUCUCAGAUCGCUUUCUCUGAUUUGCUUCUGCAAUCAUCGCACCUUGUUGCGCGACGAGGGUAUCAGCCAGGAGGGGAAGGUGUCAUUCCGGCGCCGGCGAGCGUGGCCGUAGGGAAGCGAGACGGGCGGUGAUUUUGCUCAGCCGACCGCGGACGCAGAGAUCUUGCCACGCGUUAGUGCUGCGUGUCGAGUUUGGUGGAAUUCGGAGUGUUCACGGCGCGAUUCGGUGUUCUCUCCCUGGAAGAAAUACUAUGGAGGAAAAUUGGGAGAAUUCGGAUCCAAUCCGUUCCUCAUAUUUUUUUUCAGGUGAGAGUUUAAAUAAAUCAAAAAAUGUCUGGGAAAUUCCAUCUAGCUCCAAAGCACUUUAUGGUUCUAAUGAUGUUAGCCUUUUCUCAAGUUCACUGCCGGUUAUUCGUCAUGAUAAAUUAAAUUUUGUAGAUGCAUUUAGUGAUGAUCAAUUAAUCGGUGAUGCAUCUUACAAGUUGAAAAAUCCUAGCAAAGAUGUAGAAGGCAAGGUUUCUGCAGAUGAUCUUGACGUUCUAGGGAGUGGGGUCUUAUUACCUGAUGACGAAGAAGCACUUUUGUCUGGUCUAAUGGAUGAUCUCAAUCUGAGUGGGUUGCCUAAUCAAAUAGAUGAUUUGGAAGACUACGAUCUUUUUGGUAAUUUGGGGGGCUUGGAAUUGGACUCUGAUCCUCUAGAGAACACUAAAGUUGGUGCAACAAUGGCAAGCGUCUCUGAUGGCUUUUUAGGAAAUGGGAUUAAUCAGUAUACUAUUCCUAAUGGUGUUGGGACUAUUUCUGGUGAGCACCCAUAUGGUGAGCAUCCCUCAAGAACAUUGUUUGUGAGAAACAUUAAUAGUAAUGUGGAAGAUUCCGAACUUCGAUCACUCUUCGAGCAAUAUGGGGAUAUUCGAAAUCUUUAUACUGCAUGCAAACACAGGGGGUUUGUCAUGAUAUCGUACUAUGACAUACGAGCUGCUAGAACUGCCAUGCGUGCAUUACAAAACAAGCCAUUAAGACGUAGAAAGCUUGACAUUCAUUUUUCGAUUCCAAAGGAUAACCCAUCUGACAAAGAUAUGAACCAAGGAACACUUGUGAUAUUUAAUUUGGAUUCUUCAGUAUCUAAUGAUGAACUCAGGCAAAUAUUUGGGGCAUACGGAGAAGUUAAAGAGAUUAGAGAAACUCCUCACAAGAGGCACCACAAGUUUAUUGAGUUCUAUGAUGUCAGAGCAGCAGAAAAUGCCCUGCGAUCAUUGAACAAGUGUGACAUAGCUGGCAAAAGAAUAAAACUAGAACCUAGCCGCCCUGGUGGAGCUCGUAGGAACAUGAUACAGCAACUGACUAAUGAAUUUGAACAAGAUGAAUCUAGAGUUUUCUGGCACCAUGGAGGAUCCCCAAUUGGGAAUUCGCCUCCAGGUCUAUGGACUCAAUUUGAUAGUCCAAAUGAUAAAAAUUCCUUACAAUUUCUCAGUAGGUCCCCUAAUGGUGGACCAAUAAGCCCUAUUGGAAGUAACCAUUUGCCUGGAUUAAGUUCUGCAUUUCCUCCAUUAGUGUCCAAUUCUGUUAAGAUCGCACCGAUAGGCAAGGACCAGAAUAGGAGCAGUCAUGCUGACCAAGUAAUCUCUAAUAGCAGUCCUUUACAUGGAGGUGUAUACCAGCCUUCUCAUUCUUUUCCAGAUCAUAGUCAAGGAGUAGUAGCCCCAUCUUCUGAAAACUCAGCUUCUUUUGGCCCUUCAACUCCAAAUGCAUCAGAUGUUGGAACUCUAACUGGCUCACAGUUUCUCUGGGGUAAUUCAAUUACAUACACAGAGAAUAAGCAACCCUCUCAGCAGCCUCAUGGUACUGGAGGCUCGAUGAUCUCAAAUGGGCAAGGGCAAAGCUUGCUCUAUUCAAGUUCUCAUGGCUCCUUCCUUGGUUCAUCGCUCAGCCAACAUGUCUAUCAUGUUGGCUCAGCUCCAUCCGUUGCUCCUUUUGAGAGGCAGUAUGGAUAUUUCUCUGAGUCUCCAGAGACAUCCUCCAUUGGUCAGUUUGGAUUUAGAAAAAAUUUGAUUAAGCGAAAUGGUGGAACUUCACUUAUGAGUAUGAAUCCUCAUGCUACAAUGAAUCAAGGUAUCAUAUCGGGAAACAUACCAGAUCCAAAUGUAAGAAUGAUGCCUCCGCAGAGAUUCGGGCCUGUGGUAUUUGGCAAUGCUCCAUUUUCUGGACUAAAUUCCAUAGCCAUUGAUGGUCUAGUCGAUAGGAAUCGCAGUCGGCGAGCUGACAAUCAAGGGAGCCAAGCAGAUAACAAGAAGCUGUAUCAGCUUGAUUUGGAGAAAAUUAUCAAGGGUGAAGACACUCGAACGACAAUAAUGAUAAAGAACAUUCCAAACAAGUACACGUCCAAGAUGCUUUUGGUUGCGAUUGAUGAAACUCACAGAGGCACUUAUGACUUUCUCUACUUGCCAAUUGAUUUCAAGAAUAAAUGCAAUGUCGGAUAUGCAUUUAUAAACAUGGCCUCCCCUUCACAUAUUGUCUCCUUUUACGAGGCGUUUAACGGAAAGAGGUGGGAGAAGUUCAACAGCGAGAAGGUUGCUUCUCUGGCUUAUGCAAGAAUCCAGGGUAGACCAGCCCUUGUUGCCCACUUCCAGAACUCGUGUUUGAUGAAUGAAGAUAAGAGAUGCCGGCCCAUUCUUUUUGAUUCUGAGGGAGCAGCCGAGGCCGGUGAUCAGGAACUCUUUUCAAUUCAGUCCAUUCCAACGCGCGACUCUGAAAGUCCGCCGGAUAGCAGUUCAAACAAGACGUCGGAGCAAAGCACCUUACCUAUUAGCAUUACUAGCUCGGAAAGCUAUUGUUCAUCAUCUCGACCACAUAUCUACCGAUUCUAACCUCUCCAUCCGUAAUGCAAUUGUAAAUUCCGCCGACCAAGUCGUGUGGCACACUUUUGAAGCUGCAUGCUCUUCCUAUCAAAUGAAACAAACCCUAAUUCUUGUACAUAUAUUAGUUCUUCAUAUGAUGUUCAUGAAUAAUCUUGAAGUGUAAAUGCAACAAGUUCAAGGCCAAUCUUUUGUAAGGCACAUUGCUAUCGUUAGGGCUUGUCAUUCAUCCCUUUUUCUUUUCUAAAAAGUGUACAAGGGGAAGUGAAGUGAUCUGAAUGUAUCAAACUGUACAGUUUGUGGAUUAAAUUUGUGUCUUUUGUUUCA